CAGCUGUUGACUACACCAUUUAACAUCACAUAUUAGGCUAUAACCUUGGGCCAAACUACUCUGUAAAUAUUAAUGUUUAUAGGAUGCUCUGUUCUGCGUUGCCAUUAAUUCAGAGUAAUGACACAAUAACGUGUUUUUUUUUUACUUUAGAUUUUAUUCUGCGGUGCAGUGUGUCAGAGUAUUAAUUUGAAUGAAUGUGUGUGUGGCUCUGCAUCUGGACACUCCUAAUGCUUUUUAAUCCCUUUCUGUUAGCCUGCAGAGCUUGCCAUGCCACCACUAUCAGCCAUGUUUGCUUGUGUUCAAACAGAAUGUGAGCAUCUGACAAAGUCCUUCUUAUAUUUUUAAAGUUUACUUCCUCCACUCAUUGAAGAAUGGUCUUGUUUCACUAAGGGGGAAGCAACGCAGGGAUACAUUUUCUAUCAUUCACUGAAAAUAACUUGGAUGACUUGAGCAACAGAGAUCUUAUCCGUCCUGACAUGCUGAAGAAAGAACUUGACAAGCUUCCUCACACAGCCCGGAUGGAGGCCUUUACCUUCCACAGGCGACCAUUAACACGUUCCUGCAGUUUUGGAGAAACAGUUCAGACUUCUGCUUUCCACACAUCAACACAUAUCACAGAUCCGUGCAAGGAAAGAAAAGGAUCGCUUCAGCAACGGCGCAUAACCAUUGCUUCAUGUGAGCCUCAUUCAGCGGAUCAGAAUGGAAACUUCACUGACAAGAAUGUAUGUACAUCGUCUACCUCUCAGGAUUUAUACAAGCAAGAGGCCAAAUCCCUCAGUGAGCUGAGCAUAGAAGAAGUCUGCCAGUGGUUUACCAGUAUUGGACUGCAAAAAUGUCUCCCUUUAAUCAGAGAAGCUAAACUGUGUGGAUCAGACAUAGCCUCAGUAGAUGCCAACACACUGGACAUCCUCCACAUCAGCUCACUGGAGGACAGGGAGCGAUUACUGUCAGCUAUCUAUAAUGCGCUCCACCCUCACAGCACCACCACUCAGACUCUUGACUCUUUGCUUGAGACUUUAGAGCCAAGUAAGACGGAAACGUCCACUACAGAUUCGGCAUCCAUGAGCAGGUCCACAUCCUCUCCCCAUGUAAGCUGCCUGAGUAUGAAUCGGCGUUCUUUUAAGUUCAGGAACAGGAGCCAAAACCUCAUGGCACCAAGGGGUUCUCAGAUGAUAGAGAUCACAAUUAACGCAUCAGAACGGAUAGUUCAUCUGAGGACCCCAAAGGAAACAACAGUGGGAAAAAUCAUGGAUUCGUGCAUGAAAAUGCUGGGACUGAUGGACAAUAAGACUCUAUUCACACUAAAAGAGAAGCAAGAUUCCCUAGAGGAGUUGUCCCUGGAUCAGCAGAUAGGAGCUUUAUUGAAGACACCAUUAGAGAACGAGCAGCUGGAGCUGCAUCUGUGUAAAGCGGACAAACAAACGAAUUCUGCAUCGGGACCUAGUCCGGAUAUGAACGGUGAAAAAGGCGACGUCAACAAAAAUGCCCAGGUGAACCAGCCAGGUAAAGAGGAGAGGAUCCGGGAGCUAAAGCAGCAGGUGGACUCGCUGCAGAAUGUCAUCCUUCAGGUCCAGGAGCUUCACCACGGCCUGGUAGCGUUUUGCUCAGAGAUAAAGAAUAUGGACCCAGAUGCGAAUGUGGGCAGGUUGGGUUCUGCUGAGCUGAAACAGAGGCUGGAGAUGGUAAACAGCCAACUGCUGGAGAAGAGGCAGAGGCUGCAGAUCCUCAGAGACAACAUUAACAACUCAGCUGCUCAUAAAAACAAACAGCUGGAGGUUCAUCUGCUGGAAAAGAUUAAGCUGAACUGCCAAGUGUUUAAGGAAGAAAUUACCAUUGUACAUCUCAAUCGACAAGCUACUCAUCUCUUAAAUGCCUGGCAAGGAAGCGCCAGGAAGGAGAAAGCUCAAAAACAGACUUCAGCUUUAGGCAGCUUGAGCCAGCUUGUGACGCCUCAGUCUCCAGCCAUGUUGAUGGUCGUGCAAGAGAAGCAGCUUUCUGAUGGGCAUUAUGGCUUCACAUGCUGCCACAGAGAUGACAGAGGACUGGUGGUGGUGAAGGUGGACAACUCCCACCUGUGUGUGGGGGACAGACUCGUGGAAGUGAAUGGGGUGCCGGUGGUCAGCGCCACCCUGGAAGAGCUGAACGAUCUGCUGCGUCUCGGACCGUGUGUCCAGAUUGUUGUUCUUCGCCAGCCUCCACCUACUCUGGUCUCUACUUGUCUCAAGCAACCGGACAUAAGUCCAGAUCACGUCCAAACACUCUGGCCUCAAAGGGAUGAAGUAACUACAGAAACCGCACCACAGAGAAAGAUUGUGGCCAUCUAACAGUGGGCUUACAGAGCAUCGGAAAAGUAGUCAUACCACUUGAACAUUUCCACAUCUUGUCAUGCUAGACCUACAAAUCCUUGAUGUAUUUUAUUGGGAUUUUAUAUGAUUGGCCAAACAGGUGUAUAUUAUGAAGUAGAAGAAAAAUGAUGAAGGAUUUCCAAAAUAUUUCACAAGCAAAAAUCUGCUUAGGGUGGCCGGUAUUUUUGUUCUCCCCUCUUUUACAAGACUCUAAGCAUGUAGCUAGACUGGGACGGGCCCACAUAAAAUGUCAAAAUCAGAUACUUUAUCAUACCUAGGCUACACUAUUUGUGUAACAUACUUAUUACUAUCAGUGUCAUUUGUAAAUAGCUUACAUCAUACCAGUGUUUUGAUUCUAACUUUUCAAGAGUAGCAAACAAGCAAAGCUGCUCUAAUUGAAAUGCAGAGAGGUAUGCAAGCGUGGCAUAUUAAUUUAACUAUUAGAAAGUAACAUCUGCAGACAAACACCAAAUUUACAGUAAACAAAUUAGCAAGUUUAAUAUCUUUUGAUUUUAAAAUUGGUGUCUAAAAUGAGCCAAACGUGCAAUCUGUCACUACAAAACAAAAUCAAAUGAUGUGUUUGGGGGCCUAAUGGUGUUGGGCCCCUAAGGAGCUGCUUAAUUCGCAUUUGCCUUUGACCAGUUCUGAAUGAAUUGGCCAAAGUAUAUUUGUGAGUUAGAAUGGCCUAGUCAAAGCCAAGAUUUAAAUCCAACUGAGAAUCUGUGACUAGAAUUGCAAAUAGAUGUUUUCAUCCAGUGUGGUUGAGGUUGUACUAUUUUCCAAAGAAGAAUGGACAGCAAUCUUUGUCUUUGAUUGGAUCAUCACUAAUGGCUGGAAAUAAAAAAAGUAAAUA